AUGGAAUGGCUGCGCGAAUGGGGGCAGAAAAGUCGUUCGACAAAGCUGCUCGCACAUAGAGCCCAAAAAACCAUGGACCCGGCGGCUUAUGGCCUAUGGUUUAUGGAUGACGAGCUGAAGUGUGCGGGAAUCGUCGUCUCCUCUUUCGCGACGCCCUGGCCGCAGCAAUACAUCGUGCUCCAAUCCGUGUUCAUCGCCCUCUUCGUCGCCAUCAUCAGUGUCGGCUAUUGCGUCACAAUUGUUCUGCACCCAAGUCAACACGGCGGUGCCCCCGACGACGUCGAGGGCUCGAAGAAGAAGACGAAGCAGAAGCGCCGCGAGCUGGUGGCCAAGAAGAGCAGCACCGACAGCCGCUGCCCGACGUCCAAUUCAUACAAAGCUCGCUUCCGCAUUGGGACCGCGUGCCGGGUGCCAAACUCGGAUUCGUCAGACUCGGAU